AUUUCAAUUUGACAGUAACAUGGAAGCUGAAUUACCAAACAUAAAGAAGUGGAUCGUGUUGUAUCCUGUUUACAUCAAUUCCAAAAAAACUGUAGCCGAAGGAAGACGAAUUGGCAUCGCUAAAGCAUGUGAAAACCCUACUUGUGCUGAAAUUGGGGAUUGUUGCAAUUAUCUUAAACUUCCCUAUGCAAUCGAGAUAGACAAGGCUUACCCUCGUGAUUUCAUGCAAAGAGGACGAGUUAGGGUUUUGUUGAAAAAGGAGGAUGGAACUCUUAUCAAUCCAUCCAUCUCUUCGAGAAAGCAACUAAUGUUACGCGUUGCAGAGAUGGUCCCUAAACAUUAUGGAAGGACCAAGAAGCAGGAGACUGCAUCAACAUCAACCACAACUGCUGGACCUUCUAACAAAUCUGGGAAAGGUGGAAAAAAAGAGAAGAUAAUUAUGUGUUUUUAACAUUGUCUUAACAUUUUGAUACUAGUGUCUU